CAGGCCAGCAGUAUAAAGCCAAGAACUCGGGCAGUGGCUCAUCUGUCACUCGUGGUCCUUCCUGUGAAGCUGCCAUGGAGCACAAGGUGACCUGUGUCCUCGCUAUGGUCCUUAUGCUGGCCCUCAGCAGCCUCGCCCAGGGCCAGGCAGAAACAUGUACCAUGACUCCCCGAGAAAGGAUAAAUUGUGGCUUCUCCGGCAUCACCUCCCAGCAGUGCAAGGAAAGAGGUUGCUGUUUCGAUGACACUAUCCGGGGAUUUCCAUGGUGCUUCCAACCUCUAGCCAUCGAAAACCCUCCAGAAGAGGAAUGUCCUUUCUAGAGUCCAUCUGAGAGAGCUGGUUGCAUCCAGACUUGGCACCACCACCUGCAUCUGGGAACCAGAGCCAUCUGGCCCACCCACUGCAUAUACACCUGUUCUGUGGCUGGAUCUGGCCUGGUGACACUGUUCAACCUCUCUGACUUUUAGAACUCAAAUUCGGCCUGAGAAU